AUGAAGUGGAAUAGACAACGAAGAAGAGGGGGAGGGAAGGAUAUAGAGGAAAAAACAGCAAUAUUACAACAGUUACAGGCGGAUGAAAGUCAACUGAAUGUCAAUGAGAUAAGAACAGUUAAAGAGGAGCUGAAUAGGUUGUUGGAGAAGGAGGAUAUUAGGUGGAGACAGAGGGCAAAGGUCAAUUGGUACAGGCUAGGGGACAGGAAUACAAAAUACUUCCAUUCUUGUGCUAAUAUGAGAAGGAAGAAAAAUACAAUUGGACAGGUUUUAAAUGAGCAUAACAGAGAAGUCAGGGGGAACAAGGAGAUUGAAAGAGCCUUUAGCUUUUAUUUUAAGGAACUGUUCAGUUCUACUAAUCCAUCCAAUGCAGAGUUGGCAGAAUGUCUGAGUGGAAUGGAGCCAUGGGUGACAAAUAAAAUGAAUGAAAUGCUGAUAAAGGAUUUUUCCAGAUUUGAGAUUGAAGUGGCUAUGCGACAAAUGGCACCUAUGAAGUCACCUGGACCAGACUGUUUUGGAGCCUGUUUUUAUCAGAGUCAUUGGAACCAAGUGGCAGAUGAGGUUUGUGAUGCUGCUUUGUCAGUUCUUAAUGCCUAUGAGUUGAUUCAUUCCAUGAAAAGUAGAAAGAAGGGGAGAGAAGGGAGUAUGGCUAUCAAACUAGAUAUGUCAAAAGCGUAUGAUCGUAUAGAAUGGGGGUUCUUGGAGGCUGUAAUGAAGAGAAUCGGUUUUAGUGAGAAGUGGAUUAAUCUCAUAAUGAAGUGUGUGACUUCUGUAAGCUAUUUAGUUCUUAUAAAUGGGAAGCCUGGAGAGAGGUUUAGACCAACAAGGGGAUUAAGACAAGGUGAUCCUCUAUCACCUUAUCUUUUCAUUCUUUGUGUAGAAGGGCUCAGUUGUUUAAUGGAACAAUCAGUGAGACUGAGGAGUAUAAGAGGGGUUCAAGUGUCAAGGGGUGGCUAUUCUAUAAACCACUUAUUAUUUGCAUAUGACUGCAUUCUGUUUGGCAAAGCUUCUCUUGAAGAUUGGCAUAAAUUGCAAGGGAUUCUAAAGGUUUAUGAAAAGGCUUCUGGCCAAUAUCUGAAUAAGGAAAAAGCUUCCAUCUUUUUCAGUACCAAUACCUCUUUGGUGGUGAAAAAGAGCAUCCUGUCAGCAGGUAAUUUAGUGGUGUGUGGUAGCUAUGAAAGGUAUCUUGGCCUCCCAACAGUGGUAGGAAGAUCUAAGUUCAAUACCUUCAGAGUGUUAAAAGAAAAAAUAUGGCACAGGAUAUCGAAUUGGAAGAACAAUUUCCUGUCACAAGCAGGAAAAGAGGUAAUGAUCAAAGCUGUGUUGCAGGCAAUACCCACAUACACUAUGAGUGUAUUCAAGUUGCCCAUCAGAUUGUGCAAUGAGAUUAACACUAUGUUUUCAAAGUUCUGGUGGGGGAAUCAUCAAAAGGAAGGAGGCAUUCCGUGGAGAAAGUGGGAAAAGAUGGCUGGGCAGAAGGGGAAUGGAGGGCUGGGUUUCAGGGAUUUGGGGUGCUUUAAUUUGGCUUUACUAGCCAAACAGGGUUGGAGACUUAUUAAGUCCCCUAAUUCUCUGGUUUUAGUUAUCUUAAGAGAAAAAUACUUUAAGCACUCUAACUUCCUGGAUGUUAAGCUGGGUACUAAAGCCUCUUUAAUUUGGAGAAGCAUUUGGGGGGCAAGAGAUCUGAUAAAGGAAGGGAUGAGAUGGAGGGUGGGGGAUGGCAAAAAGAUAAAAAUUUGGGGACACAAAUGGUUGAGCACUCCUACUUCUUUCUCAGUACAGUCACCAGUGUCUGUGCUCAGCUUAGAAUCUAAUGUGGAAGAGUUGUUGGGAGAAAGAAAAGGAGAAUGGAAUGAGGAGAGGGUUAAGGCUAUCUUUGAGGAAGUAGAAGCAAAGCAGAUUCUGAGUAUUCCUUUGAGCAAAGGUAUGGUUGAAGACAAGGAAAUAUGGGGGCCUUCUAAGAAAGGAAUUUUUACUGUGAGAAGCGCCUAUUUCUUACAAUUGGAUAGAAGAAGAAGAAGGUUAGGAGAAUCUUCUAGGGAAAGGGGAGCUGCAAAUGAUUUGCUUCCAACUAGAAAAAACCUGUUUAAGAAGAAGAUUGUGGAGGAUCCUUACUGUCCUAUAUGCUUUAAAGAGGAGGAAACAACAGUGCAUGUGCUAUGGGAGUGUCAUGCUGCAAAUGAUGUAUGGGCCAACAGUAUAAGUGGAUUUCAAAAGUGA